AUGUCAAUGACCGGUCAGAGCUCGGGCAGCGAUGAUCAACGCUACGCGACAUCUCCAGCUCUACCGGAACAGGAACGUGAGAAUCCUCGGCUUCAAGACACCAUUCGAGGCGCGGAGGGAUUUGAGCCAAUUUCUUUUAAACGAAAACAAAAACGACAAUCGCGUUUCAGCCUGUCUAGCCUUUUCUCGACUACCGCCGGCGGUUCGAGUACUCCUGGGCUUGGCUUCUCGAGACCACACGGCGGACAAAAUGGCGAUGCAUCGCCAUUAGAGCCCUAUGGACCAGUGGGACUGAAUGGUGAUCCGAACUCCAAAGAUGGCGGUCCCCUGGACUGGUAUGUGGAGGGACCCGGCCGCCGAGUUGGCUACGACGACUUUACCGCUAUCGAUUGGAUCUAUGAGUACACGAAGGAACGUCAACGGAAAAGACUAUUAUACUCCAGUGGUCAGGGUAUUUUCGGCUAUGUGCGCAGAGUCAUAGAAGCCAGUAACGUCUGGUUCGUCCUAAUUGCGACCGGUAUUGCGGUAGGAAUCCUUGCCGCAGCUAUCGACAUCGCGACAGAUUGGUUAGGAGAUUUGAAAACCGGUUACUGCAAGAGUGGUCGUGGAGGUGGCAAGUUCUACCUGAAUCGAAGCUUUUGCUGCUGGGGUUUAAAUGACUAUUCCCAAUGUAUGGACUGGACGCCAUGGGGGAAAGCACUGGGUGCAUCUUCAACUGGAGGCCGGUACGCCAUCGAGUACAUAUUUUACAUCGUCUCUUCGGUUGUAUUCGCUUCAUGUGCCUGCCUCUUGGUACGAAGAUUUGCGAUUUAUGCAAGACAUAGUGGAAUACCUGAGAUUAAAACGGUGCUUGGAGGAACUGUCAUCCGUCACUUCAUGGGCCCAUGGACACUGACUAUCAAGUCGCUUGGUCUGUGCCUCGCAGUUUCAUCUGGUCUCUGGCUCGGCAAGGAAGGCCCUCUAGUGCAUGUUGCAUGUUGUUGCGCCAAUAUAAUGAUGAAGCCCUUUGAUAGUCUCACCGGCAACGAGGCGAGGAAACGUGAAGUUCUUUCGGCUGCGGCGGCGGCAGGCAUCUCUGUCGCCUUCGGUGCUCCCAUCGGAGGUGUCCUGUUUAGCUUGGAGCAAUUAUCCUAUUAUUUUCCGGAUAAGACAAUGUGGCAAAGCUUUGUCUGCGCUAUGGUUGCUGCUGUAACUUUACAAGCAUUAAAUCCAUUUCGCACGGGAAAGAUUGUGCUAUACCAAGUGACCUAUACUCGGGGAUGGCACCGCUUUGAAGUCAUUCCAUUCAUUAUCCUUGGCAUUGUCGGUGGUCUCUUCGGAGCAUUCCUCAUUCGCCUCAACAUUAAGAUCGCUCGAUGGCGACGAUCUCGAUCUUCUUCUCGGCCCAUUCUUGAGGUCGCCGUCAUUGCUCUCUUAACGGCCUUGAUCAACUUCCCGAAUCAUUUCAUGAGAGCUCAAAACUCAGAACUUGUCCAAGCCCUUUUUGCAGAAUGCAGUAGUGAAACAUAUGAUCGAUUCGGUCUUUGCGUCACUGGCUCUAAGGCUUUCGGUGUUGUUGCCAUCCUUUUACUCGCUGCCGCACUCGCUUUUUUCCUCGCUUCGGUGACCUUUGGUCUCGAUAUACCGGCCGGUAUUAUCCUGCCGUCAGUGGCCAUUGGUGCACUUUAUGGUCGCGCUCUGGGGAUAUUAGUACGAAUGUGGCAGGAAGCCUACCCCAAGGCUUUCCUCUUCGCCAAAUGCGAACCCGACAUUCCAUGUGUAACGCCUGGCUUAUACGCGAUCAUCGGCGCAGCCUCAGCCCUAGGUGGGGCGACUCGAAUGACGCUGUCCAUCGUGGUUAUCAUGUUCGAGCUGACUGGCGCCUUGACCUAUGUCAUCCCAAUCAUGAUUGCCGUUAUGCUGUCCAAAUGGUGUGGUGAUAUCUUCGGCAAGCGAGGCAUCUACGAAUCGUGGAUUCAGCUCAAUGAAUACCCAUUCCUCGACCACCGCGACGAUACUACCCCGCCAGAUGUCUAUGCUCGACGGGUCAUGACAGUUGUUGACGAUCUCUCUGUCAUCACAGCAACCGGCCACACCAUCGGCUCACUUCGAAACCUCGUUGCUAAUACCACCUACCGCGGGUUCCCAGUCAUCUCCGAAACCUCUACCCCCAUUCUUCUUGGAUAUAUUACACGCAACGAGCUCUCCUUCGCUUUGAAACAUUCGACCUCUCCCGCCAACCGCAACCUCUCAGAGGAAACUCAGGUUUUCUUUGCCCACCAACCAUUUGCAGACCCUGUGGAGACUCUGGAUCUUCGACCCUGGAUGGACCAAACCCCCAUUACGCUCAAUAGCAAUAUCAGUUUCUUGAUCGUCCUACGGAUGUUCCAACGGCUUGGUCUGCGAUAUGUCCUUUUCGCCAACAAAGGAAUAUUACAAGGCUUGCUGACCAAAAAAGAUGUUUGGUCAGUGCUCAAUGGUGUCGAGUUCCGUCGGCAGGAAGCCCUCCGAGGCGAUGAAUUUCAGUAUACCCACGGGGCCGAAGAAGUUGGCCUACUUCAGGGCGAUGAGCGAAGCAGUCUCAGUGGUUCACUCAGGCGAGACUCGCUAUGA